CGGAAGUGGCGUACCCAGGCGAGACUAACAGCAACACUAGAAAAUAACGUGAACUGGAACGUGAGUGUUAUGAACAGACAACGUAACAUAAAGACAGGGACGCUUGUGCCUGUCACUGCCCCGUCCCUGGAAGAGAGUGUGUAAUUUUAACCGAGAAGGAGGACCACAGAACGUUUGUCACAGACCCUGUGCUUCUAACAGAAGACUAACGCGAAGUGCAGGUGCUGGUCCUGGGGGGGCCGGCCGGAUCGCGCACGCCGUCCCAUGGGAAUACAGUGGUCCCACAGAGACUGCAGCCUCCUGUCCCUCCCGGAGACCGAGGGUAGGAGGCGGCGGGGGAGCGACCCGGGAGAGGACGACUCCCUGGACGCCCGGCAAGAGGACAUCGCGCGGUUCCCGUACGUGGAGUUCACUGGCAGGGACAGCAUUACCUGCCCCACCUGUCAGGGCACCGGCAGAAUCCCUUUGGGUCAGGUGAACGAGCUGGUGGCACUGAUUCCCUACAGUGAUCAGAGGCUGCAGCCCCAGAGAACGAAGCUGUAUGUGGUCUUGUCCGUGGUGCUGUGCCUCCUGGCCUCUUCGCUGGUCACCUUCUUUGUGUUCCCGCGCUCCGUGUUGAUAGAGGACGAUGGGAUACGCACGGUGACCGUGCGCUUCGACCGCAACAACAGCAAAGUCCUCAUCAACAUGACCAGCACCUUGAACAUCAGCAACUCCAACUUCUUCACAGCGCUGGUGGACAGUGUGAGCUGCCAGGUGCUGUACAUGAAGACGGUCAUCGGCACACAGCAGCUGGAUAACGUCAUCACCAUCCAGCCCCUCAGCCAGAGACAGAUGAACUUCACCGUGAGCAUGGAGAUCAGCGGGAGCCUGUCCUAUGUUUACGCAUUCUGCACCAUGUCCAGCAUCAAAGUGCACAACAUCGUGGUCUUCAUGCAGACCUCAGUAAAGACUUCGUACAUGGUGCGCAUGGGGCAGAACACCCUGGAGGCGUACCGCUACAUCGACUGUGGGGCCAACUACACUGUCCACGGGGCCGCUGGGCCCUGGCUGCACUGACCCCCGACCCCUGAGCCUCCAAAGCAUUCUGGGAGCCGGGCACUCUGUGUGACGGACAGGGAAGCAGAGGGGGCGGAAGCACUCCCAUUCCAGCCUCUCUUUCGCUUGUUUUACAGGCUGGAAACCAAGGGCUGGGCCUGCUGCACUUAGGAUUUGCUGCUGCGUGGGUUUCUUUCUUUCUUUUCUCUUUUUUUGCAUUGUAAUAGGGGGCUAAAUUUGACCACCUCCCAGACUGCAAAAAACCCUCUUCUCUCAGGCCUGCUCCUCCUCUCUCUCGUGCUCUGCUCCGGAUCUGACCCUAGGCUAAGUGCUUAUUGCUGACUGGUAGAUGUAGCUGCUCUGUAUGUUUUAGCCUUCAAGCUUCUAACAGCUUUUUUUUUUGGGAGAAGAUUUGGUUCUCUGUGUGGAGGGUAAUGAUCAUGAGAGGGAUUUGCACAUCUUAGAAAGGGUACUGUUUUUUCUUUGGGAAAAUGAGUUGUGUGGCAUUAUUUUGUAUAAAAUAGGGCAAUGGUUAUUUUUGGAUUAGAACUUUUUUUUUUUUUUUUUUUUUUAGAUUAGAGCGGAACACGGGUGCACAUUAGUCUAUGUGGGGAAUUCUAAUUAGUUUAAUUAAGUGACUAUUUUCUGUCAGUUUCCAGCAAAUUAACAGACUAAUAUAUAUUUCUAAUAUAUGAGGGGCAGGUGAAGAUGUUGUUUCAGGCAAACGAUCAUGUGCUUCUAUUUAUUGUGAUGGAAAAGUUCUCGUAUGCUUCCUACAUCACCCUAAUGACCACACCCACAGAGAGGCCAUCUCAUUUAGGCUUCCUUUGAGGGAUUGGACAUCAGUAAUGGUCAUGCCUCAGUUUCUGUUCAAUCAAACCGCAAUGCUCUUUGUCCAUAACAAAUCGAAUAUAUUCAAAUUUGUCUUGCCUUCUACAGAGCAUUUUGAGUUCAGCUUUCACUCAUACUGAUGAGAAAGUUGGAUAAUGAAAACUGCUGCACAAGGACACAUUUACACCUCUCUGAAAAGAACAAAGUGCAUUGUGGGUAAAUUGAACUGAAAGAUGAUUAACAAAUAUGUGGUUUAGGAGCUGUGUUGGAAAAAGCCUGUGUGUUAAAAUAUGGACUAUAAAAUAUAAGGCAUGCAUUUUAAAUGACCACAGAAGUAUGUAAAUGAACUUCCAUAUGUAAUUUGUAUGUGCUGUACAAUAGUUUACAGUGUACCAAGUACUUUAAGUAUGGGACUGUAUGCAAACGGUUACGUAUAGGCAGUAAUUAAUAUGUUCAGGUAAUUAGCAUUUUCACAUAAAUCACAAAACGGGAACCUUACAUUUUAAUUUCAUUUUUUAAUAUUAAUAAAUGUUGCUAAUUUUGUGAAGGAGCAC